UCCCUUUAAAGGGAUAUGGUGUCAGGUCAAAGUUGACCAAACAUUCUUCUUAUUAAAAACAAAAAACAAAAAAACCCCAACUUCUACAAACCCUGAUUCCAACAGAAAAGUUUCCAGGAUUUAUUUUAAGAAGGGAACAUUCCCCUGCAGUGCUCACCGCAACCCAAACAUUGCAGCCCUGUGCAAAAGCAUGAGAAUCGGGGAGGAAACCGAAGAAUCUAUUUUCACUGCUCCAGAGGAGAAAUAAAAAAGUAAACAAACAGCAAAAGCAGUGACAAAUAAGUUUUAUUUUAGUGGUGGCUGCAGUGUUAUCUAUAGUACGGCUAAGGAGAGGAGACUUAAAGUAUGCAUGCUUUUCUAGUGAUUUCUACAAGAUGUGCAACUAAGUGUGAGAUAGGGACUCUUGGGAGCCAUCUACACUUCAAGGAAAAGAUUUAAUUUUCUUUGGUUGAUCCUUCCUGCUCCUCACACCUUGCCAUUCACAUUUGAGAAACAGAACGACAAAUUAGAACAAAUUGCCUCGCUGUUCUCAAAGCCUGAAAAUAAUCCGAAGCUUGGGCAAGCUAUUCAAGGAACAAAUUCCUUGUUUGUGGGAGAACUCUUAAGAGCUUGAAAGUAAAGGGAAGAGUCUUUUCUCUAAAUACCUGGAGCCCUCUAUUCUACAGAAAGGGGAAUGUGCCAUCAGUACUACUGUUUAUUGUCAAAAUUUGCUAAAAGCAGCAAGCAUCAGAAGCUAAAAAAGGGCAUAUGGAGACAUAAAGAAUACUGAAGAAGCACAUACUUUCCUGCUGCAACUACUGACUGCAUGCACACACAACAGGUCCUUGGGCUGAAAUGUCUGUGUACUGAAGAGAGAGGAAAAGAAGUCAGUGAAGCCUGCCCAAAAGGGACUGUAAGACCGAUCCUGUGGCAGAUCACUGAUUUCACCAGAAAGAUUUUGGAAGCCAUAAACAGGAAAUGGUUAAGUAAAAGCAGGUGGAGCAUGCUGACUGCAGGAACAACGCAGGAAAUAGCUGAGCGUCUGAAUGGAUGCAAAAAAAAUGCUCUUCUGCUCCGUCCUUGGCAAUCACAAUACAUUCACUCCUCCUCCUCGUCCUCCUUCACUGCCCUUAUCUCCCCAAGCUACAAAGUCUCGCAGUCUGCAAACACCUUUUGUUUGUGUAAUCUGCUCUCCUUGAACCAGCAGGGGAGAGCUGGCACGUUCUGCUUGGGAGGCAACGGACAAGAGGGAUUCACCUCCUGUGCAAAGGAUGAGUCAGAAACACCCAGCAAUAACCACUGCCUGUCAGGGGCUCUAGGUCUGAGAAGCAAGAACAGCAUUGCUCACUACUUCCUCAGCAAUUUGUGCCAAUUCCAGACAACUCCAGAUGUGUGUCUUUCCCACCAGUAUCUGCAGAGACUUGGCUCUGGAGACCGGGAUCUGCUUGCCAACAUACUGCCUCUGGGUGCAUUCAGUCCCAAGGGUCAAGUUUCCAAUGCCACACUCAUCCCUGGCUGUGCUGCCAGACAUGCUGCAGGAUGGAGGGCAGACGUACUGGGUGUCAUCAGAAUUAUGGGGGUCUUGAAGAAGACUAAUGAAGAAGACUAAUGUCAAGACACAGAAACCUCAGAAUAACAUGACCUGCCACCCCAGCGAAUGUGGUUGUGAUGUUCCAGAGACAUAAGCAACACUGCCCCGUUCUCAGGAUUCAUUGAGCACAGUUUAUGUGAUGCUGGUUCUGAUCAUUUGCAAUUGCAUAUUAGCACAACCUCCCUGAAUUUUGUCUUGGAAAGCUCAGUGACUUUAGGAUGUCUGGCAUUAAGAACUGCCCUUUCCAGUAUGAGAAUCUGAAUGAGGUGCUGCACAGUUCUCAUUUUAUUAUGAACAGCUGGAUGAGAACAGAUGCAUAAUAAAGCAUAUCUUUCAAAAGCAGCCUAAGCACUGGAUGCACAAUGCAUUUCAGCCCAAAGGUGGCUGCAUUUGAGCCACAGAGAAGGAAUCCAUUUAUAAAGAAGCCUCUCAAGCACUUUGGGAUGAAAACACCAUACAGAAUCUGCUUAAUUCACUCAUGUGACAAACUCUCAUUUCAUAUUGUUUUCCUGGUUUUGCUAUGCCAGUCACACUGCAAUUCCAAAUGUCCUUGCUCUGUGCUGGAACAGCAGUUCACCACAUUCAAUAAAGCCAGCAGAAUAAAAAACUUGUGAUGGAAAUAGUUGUUGUGUGUGCAGCCUGCCCAUGCUCAGAGACUGCUCAUGUUCCAUUUCUCUCUGUCUCGUUAACAAAUGGCUACCAGUAAUCUCAUGUCAUUACUGUGAUUUUGAAUUCUGGGUGUACUUUGCUCACCAGUAGCAUGUCCUAGGCUCUGUGUUCUGUUGCAUGAUGGUUGCCUUGCAUUCAGGCUCCUGGCUGCCUUGGUUGUUUUGACCUUGUUCCGUUCCAAAGAAGCCCUGCAAUUCUUCCAUUCUCUGCUGUUAAAAGAGAGCUCUUCUCUUGCAGAUUUUAUAUUAAUUAACUAAAUUGUACAUGGUAGUUUCAUGAGCUAACCUCCCUUAGGGCUUUUUGCAGU